UUGCAAGUUGCUCCAGAGGGAAUACACCAUAAGGGUGGGUAUGGAUGUUCAGCGUGGCCUGGAGAGACCUGCACAAAACCAGUGACCAACCCUACCAACUCAACAAACAGCACUAACCCUGAGUGGUGUUGAGGGGAGCAUAAGAGGAGAGGCCUACCAUUCAAUGCUUAUGGAGCCAGAUACCAAGCUGAUUGGUAACAUGGCAAUGCUGCCCAUAAGAAGUCAGUUUAAAGGACCAGCCCCUAGAGAAACAAAAGACACAGAUAUCAUUGAUGAAGCUAUUUAUUACUUUAAGGCUAACGUUUUCUUCAAAAAUUAUGAAAUAAAGAACGAAGCUGACCGGACAUUAAUUUAUAUAACUCUGUAUAUUUCUGAAUGCUUAAAGAAACUGCAGAAGUGCAAUUCAAAAGGACAGGGAGAGAAGGAAAUGUAUACACUGGGGAUUACAAACUUCCCUAUCCCAGGAGAACCAGGAUUCCCCCUAAAUGCCAUGUAUGUGAAACCUUCCAAUAAACAGGAGGAUGAGGUAAUGAGGGCCUACUUGCAGCAGCUUAGGCAGGAGACGGGUUUGAGGCUUUGUGACAAGGUGUUCGAUCCUCAGACCGACAAACCCAGCAAGUGGUGGACCUGCUUUGUCAAAAGACAAUUUAUGAACAAAUCUCUGUCUGCCCCUGGGCAGUAAAAUGAGGGAAACAAAACAUAAAAUGAGCUUCAAAAUUCUGCACAUUGUGCUGCACAUUGUAACGCAUUUGUCCUUUUUGCAAAAUAAAUUUUAUACUGUCUUGUAAUAUUAUCAUUUUUGGAUCCAACAUGAUCUGGGAUAUAUUAAAUGUUAACCUCUGGAGCUUAAUAAAAGCAAAGAUUAAAUCUU